UCUUGCACGUGUCUUGCUCGCCACCUCAGAUACUUCGUAAACACCGUCUUCAGGUUCUUCUGUACUUGCAAUCAGAACAGACCGUGGCAGCUUCAAGAUCCGCAUCAUUUUAUACUCCCUAGUCUGCGAUAUCUUGACUCAGCCAGAAUGACACAAACGGAGAAUGUCGAUGCUCCUCAGGAUGAUUACGAGGAUAUGCCUGGUGGACCAGGUGCCCCAAUUCCAGUGUCACAAUUAGUGGGCCUUGCUGGCUUGACCGAUCGAGAUAUCAAAUUGGUGGUGGAAGGCGGCUUUCACACUGUUGAAUCGAUAGCAUAUACACCACGUCGCGCUCUGGAACAGAUCAAGGGUAUCUCAGAAGCAAAAGCAAGCAAGUUGUUGAAUGAGGCGAUGAAACUUGUCCCAAUGGGCUUUACCACUGCAACAGAAAUGCACGCUCGAAGAAGUGAGCUCAUCUCCAUUACGACGGGCUCGAAGAACCUCGAUCGAUUACUAGGCGGCGGCGUCGAGACUGGUUCUAUCACAGAGAUCUUUGGGGAAUUCAGAACGGGAAAGAGUCAGAUUUGUCACACCCUGGCAGUUACAUGCCAGUUGCCCUUUGACAUGGGCGGAGGAGAAGGAAAAUGUCUGUACAUUGACACCGAAGGUACCUUCCGACCGGUCCGUCUGUUGUCAGUAGCGAAUCGGUACGGUCUCGAAGGAGAAGAAGUCCUCGACAAUGUGGCAUAUGCUCGAGCAUACAACUCGGAACAUCAACUGCAAUUACUCCAGCAAGCGUCACAGAUGAUGUGCGAGACUCGAUUUUCGUUGCUGAUUGUCGACUCCGCCACGUCGCUGUACCGAACAGACUAUAAUGGCAGAGGAGAAUUGUCGUCGAGGCAGUCACAUAUGGCCAAAUUUCUGCGGAUGCUCCAGAGAUUGGCGGACGAGUUUGGAAUUGCUGUGGUCAUUACCAAUCAAGUCGUCGCGCAGGUUGAUGGCGGUCCCAGUGCCAUGUACAACCCGGACCCCAAGAAGCCUAUUGGUGGCAACAUUAUUGCUCAUGCAAGUACGACACGGUUGAGCUUGAAGAAGGGUCGGGGUGAGACGCGAAUUUGCAAGAUUUAUGACAGUCCUUGCUUGCCGGAGAGUGAUACUCUGUUUGCGAUCUAUGAGCAUGGUAUUGGUGAUCCUCAACCCAAGGAUGACAAGGAAUGAGUUGUUCUCAGCCCGAAGACGACAAGAAUUGAGUUGGAGGCAUGUGUAUCAAUGACGACAAAGAACGAUUUUUGAAGCAUGUAUAUCAGAGAUGGUGACUCGAACAGCAGUGGUUAUGGGAUGCACAGCGUUUGGCGUCUAAGGAGCAC